UUGCGAUUUGAUGUCUGCCAAUCUAUGGGUCAGGCACAAACAAAUUAUUAAACAGUCAGUGAAUAGCUAACAAACGUGGCUGUUGUAACUUGAGUAGAUAUUCAUUUAAUUUUCUUCGAAUUUGAUUAAUAUUUCUUCACGGUUUUUUCAAAUUGUAAUUAUGUCGUUGAUUAAGGAAAUCGAUGGAAUAACUUUUCAAGAGUCUAAAAAAAUAAAAGAAAAAAGCACUAUACUUAUAACGGCUGAAGAGGAAUACAAGAAAAACCCAGAAAUUAAAAAAGAGGACAUACAAAAGUUGAAAGAUUGGAUAGCCACACAACCACAUCUUCCACAAAACGUAUCAGAUGAAUGGCUAAUAUUAUUUUAUCACAGCUGUUAUUAUAAUACUGAGUCGACAAAAAAUUGUAUAGAAGUUUACUACUCAUUAAAAACUGAAGCACCAGAAUUUUUCCAAGACAGGGAUGUUUCUAGACAAGAACUAAUACAAGCUCUUGACGUUCUACACUAUGGAUGUCCAUCAAUUCGAUCACCGGAAGGUUAUCAAAUAAUCUAUCAUAAACUACGGUUAUUUGAAUCUAGUAAAUAUGUGUUCAAUGACGGUGUCAAACUGUUAUUUAUGUCACUUGAGGCAUGUUUGAGGGUAGAAGGAACGUGUCCAGGGUUUAUUAUUCUAUUCGAUAUGCGAGGAGUUAAAUUAGGUCAUCUUACAAGGCUCAGCGUAUCAUCACUAAGGAAGUUCUUCAUAUUCAUACAAGAAGGAAUUCCAGUUCGGCUGAAGGGUAUUCACGUUUUAAACUCACACGCUCUUAUAGAUAAAAUUAUGGUGCUUAUCAAACCUUUUAUGAAGAAAGAAUUACUGAGCAUUUUGCAUUUUUACUCAGAGAAAGAUUUAGAAAAAAUUUACAGAACUUUACCAAAAGGCUGUUUGUUUGAAGACUAUGGCGGUCACAUACAAUCCGUCGAGAAGUUUCACGUUAAUUUUAAAGAAUGGAUGAACUUAAUGAAGCCCCACUUCGAAGAGGAAUCUCGUUUGAAAACAGACGAAUCGAAAAGAGUUAAGAAAAGUAGCAAAAAAUCGUCUUUGUCCUCCUCAUUCAAAUCACUAGAGCUUGAUUAAAAAGGACUUUUUUCAAACAAUAUGUAUCAUGCAUUACUUCACAUUAACACCCACUUUGGGUGUAUGCAUUUUUAUUGUAAAAGAAUAAAUAAAUUGCAUAUAUAUGUAUACAUUAAAA